CAACUCUAAAUAUAUAUAUAUUAUAUAUAUACACACACACACAUACAGUACUGUGCAGAAGUUUUAAGCACUAAAAUGUUGCAUAGUGAGGAUGUCUUCAAAAAUAAUGACAUAAAUAGUUUUAAUGUAUCACUUAAUGUCAUACAAAGUCCAAUAAACAUAAAAAAAGCUAUCAAUAUUCGGUGUGACCACCUUUGCCUUUAAAAUAGCACCAGUACACCUGGACACAGUUUUUCUUGGUAGUUGGCAGAUAGGAUGUUCCAAGCUUCUUUGAGAAUUCGCCACAAGUGUGUGUGUAUAUAUAAAUAUAUAUAUAUAUAUAAUUUUUUUUUUUUUUUUUAAAGAACAGACAGAUGUGUCCAAGAUUUUUCAAUAGAUCUGUUCUCCUCAGCUCCCACCCCUAAGGUGUGUGAGUUAAUAAUCUACUGACAUUUUUUAACUUGAGGUUGAGAUGGUAAUUUUCACUUUGCUGUUUAUCUGUGAGAAUAAAUUUAAGAAUAAUAGGGGUUUAAUCAUUACAUUUGUGUUUAUUCAAGCAGGUACUUUUGCUGCCACAGUGUUUAUAACUAGGCUUAGAUAAUGCUAUUUAUUGCACUGCUGUUCAUAACAGCUUUGUAAAAGGCCAUUGGAGACAUUUAAUCAUUCCAUAGGCAAUAUCCUGAGACACAGACAGCUUGUUUGGCUUAACACUUCACUUUGGUUGUUCUUAUGUAACUAAUAACUUUCAUUUACUUAUUUUUUAUUCAUAUUAACAGAUUUGCCGUGUAUUCACAUUUUCAUGAUUUGUGUUACACUAACUUUGUGUACAAGAUGUAAUUUAUGGACUCAAAAAUGUACUAUUGAAAUUACUUUUUGUAGGUGCACUUAGAGAGGGGUCUAACAUAAGUGUACUAAAAGUUGAGUUAAUGACUGGACAGUGAGGCACUCAGUGGAACAGUAAAGAAAACUUCCAAAUUAAUCACAAGGAACCAAGGACCUCUGUAGAUGGCAGACGGUCUCUUCACCUUGUGACUGCUGGUGUCUUACUUUACCAUGCUCAAUCUCAUCAAGCUACCUCAAGUGUUCACCAUCAACCAAGUUCCAAAGGUCUUCCAUGAGGAUGGCAUCAUGUCUGGGUACCGCCACCCGUGCAGCUCUGCCAAAGACUGUGUACUUAGUCUUUUCCAGCUAACAAAUGAGACCCUUAAUAUCUGGACUCAUUUUCUGCCUACCUGGUUUUUCUUAUGGAAACUGCUGAUGGUAGUGCUGGUGCAGGGUUACUGGCAGGAUCCGUUCACCUGGCCCCUACUGGUGUUCCUGCUGUCAUGCUGUGUGUACCCACUCGCGUCCAGCUGUGCUCACACCUUCAGCACUAUGUCGGAACAGGCCAGGCACAUCUGCUUCUUCUUUGAUUAUGGAGCACUCAGCUUUUACAGCCUUGGUUCUGCCAUUACCUACUCCUCAUACACAUUUCCAGAUAAAUGGAUUAAUAGCACUUUCCAUAAAUACUAUGUUCCUAUAGCUGUUGUCAACUCUGUUGUCUCCACUGCAAUGGCCUGCUACUCAAGACUUGGUUUGCCAUUCUUUCAGUAUAAUUAUCACAGCAUUAAAAGGUCUUCAGGGAAAUUAGAUGAGAAAUUCUGCAAAUGUCUGCGGAUAAUGGCCUUUGUCUAUCCUUAUCUCUUUGACAAUAUCCCUCUCUUUUAUAGAAUUUUUGUGUGCGCUGGUGAGGGUUGUACUGUAAAUGAGGCCAAUACGGUUCACUACCAGCACACAGCACUGGCCGCUCUCACAAGCUUUCUUUUUGCCACACACCUGCCUGAACGGUUGGCUCCUGGCAGUUUUGACUACAUAGGUCACAGUCAUCAGCUGUUCCACGUGUUUGCUAUUUUUGGCACAUAUUUCCAGAUGACUGCUAUUGAACUGGACAUGGCUGCACGGAGGCAGUGGCUUCAUGCUCAUUUGCCACCAAUCACCCUUUCAAACACUGUAGGAGCUGCAUUCCUUUGUGCGGCCAGCAGUCUUUGUGUACUCUAUGUCUUCAGUAUGGCACUUUACUCCACCAGAGGCAUGAAAUAAAUUAGUUAAGUAAUAAAAGUGACAAAUUAAUUCGAUUUUUAACUCAUGGCAACCAAAUUAGUUUCCCCAAAAACUGACUGAAAAUGUACUGUUUAUAUUGUAGCCAUACUGUAUGUGUCUAAUGGAAGCACUUGCUCAUGAACCGCAUGAGAUUUUAUUUAAUCUGGAAGACACAAAUAAGGGAACCUGUUGAAGACUGUAAAAUGUAUAAAUAGAUUGUCUGUUUGAUUAAUUUGUUUUGAAUGUUGUUCGUCAACUUUGGUACAUGAAUCAGAUUUGAUAUAUACAUAUAUAUAUUAUUGUUUUUUACAUCAGUGCCUUUUUAUAAUCAAUCAUUUUGAACACUGUGUAAAGUCUUGCUUAUAAAUUAAUGAUUGUCUGUUUGAAAAAUGUUUUUUGUAAAAAAUUAGAUUUUUUUUUUCUACAUCAGUAUCUUUAAUAUUUACACAAUUGUGAAACAUUUCCAUGAUUUGAUGCACAUGAAUCAAAUUUAAUUUUUUACAUCAAUGGCUUUAUA